UACCAUAAAUGGAUCCAAAGCUUCAAACGACAGUCCGAUGUCCACGUGUUGGAGAUGUUAGUGAAGCAUCGGAUGCCCAGUGAUGUGCCCUCACAGCUGGACAAACAGAUACCACUCUGUGAUGAGCCCAUUAAAGCCAUGAAUGAGUGUCGGAUCAGCUCUUUGCGUGCCAAAGUGAUACACGUGGAGACGCCAACCCUGAUGUACAUUCACCUCAAGAGUAGAGAUCAGUCGUAUCGGGAACUGAGACAAGGAUUGCGUUUCUAUGACGGAGAUGAUCACCACAAUAGAGACUACGUGUUGCCCAAAGAGUUGGCUCUGAAGGGCUACCUGUGCGCUGUCCGCAACCCAUUGGAUUGGGACAACUGGCACAGGGCUAGGAUUAUACACGUAUUGGACAAUUCCGUCACUUUGUUUGCCAUCGAUUUCGGCAAUUUUAUCACUGAAACCAUCGGUGAGUUACGGCUAUUGAGGGCUGAGUUCUUCUCAUAUCCCAUACAAGCCAUCAAAGUAUCUCUGAGUGGUAUCGCGCCGUUCGCUAUGAAGUGGUCGGACGGGGCCAUCGACUUCAUGAAGAAGUUUGUCCGCAAAUAUAAGUCUGAAUACAACUUGGGCUGUGUUUUCAUCGACCAAUUGCCUGAUGACUACUACUCUGUAAUUCUGCACCAAAUGGUGUCCGUCGACGUGGAGGGCACCCCCCAAAUGAUGCCCAUCUACUUGCACGAGAAGCUCAUCCUUUCGGGUUUCGCUCAAAUGAUAUCCACGUGUUGGACACAAAUCGAGUUUACUAUCCAUUCGAGUGUUCCGUAUGAAGCCAUUGAAGAGCCUCUGCUGGCCAUCAAAUGCGAGGCAGACUUCGGUGCCUAUGAGUCGCCCACUGUUUGCGACAAACAAACUAAUGUCAACGAGAAUGGCAUUCAUGAGAGUAGUCCCGAACCACACGAAUCCAGUCCCGAACCCCUAUUCGAAGACAAUAUUGAGUCCAAACAGAGCUCUUUGGAUGAGUUUAGAUCAGAAAACUUACUAUUGCGAGCCGUCUCAGGAACGAUAGCCCUUUCAUCAGUAUUCAUGGCCUACCGAUUGAUGCCGUUUUCAGACGCCUCCACAAUCCACUUCUCGUCGCCAGUCUUUGUCACUGUUUUCGCAUUCUUUAUACUCAAAGAGCCCUUCACUGCUAUUCAAGUGAUAACAGGAAUCAUGACUCUCAUAGGGGUUACCAUUAUAUCAAAGCCUGAAUUCCUGUUUGAAUCGGAAUCGGUUGUCAUUCACGAGCACCGACUGGAGGGUACAAUCCUGGCAGUUGUGGCCGCCAUUAGUGCCGCCUUCGCUAUAAUCAACUUAAGGAAGUUGAAGACUACGGCCGCCGCUGUCGUCGUAUUUUGGUUUGCAUUCGCUAUCAUCAUAUUUGGGACGACUGUCCUCGCAAUACUCAAUCAGUUUGUAAUGCCGACCGGCCUCUGGGCCUACUCUCUAUUGGUUGUCAUCGGACUUCUCGGUAUUGGAGACCAGUAUUUCUUGACGAUAGCCCUCCAGAACGAGAGCGCCGGACCUGUUUCUGUGGUGCGGACCUUCAAUAUCGUGCUCUCCUUUAUUUGGGAGGCAUUCAUAUUAUCGGAAGCCAUAGAGUGGACAUCAGUGUUGGGGGCGACCAUCAUAUCAUCGUGUGUUGUGAUCCUGGCUAUAGUCAAAUGGCAGUCAGAGAAACCAGAAAUGUUUGCUUCAAUGUAUGGUUUCUUCAAAUGUUGCCAUAAAUCUGAUCAUAACCUGAAGACAACCCCACAAUCGCUGUGCGCUUCAACCGAUAACAUACUAAUAGACGAACCGGAAGUUCAACACACCGUCCAUUCAAAUACUAUUUUCAUUCAUUCUUAA